AUGUCAGCGUCGUCCUGGAUCAGGAGAUUUUAUCCUCGCGCGCACGAGGGGAGACUCCCCAUUGACCACCCGGAACUCAAAGCAAUCAGGCCCAAGUUCUUUAAAGCGACGCUGCUGAACUUGUGCUUAUACGUCCUGCUGUUCUUCUGCCUCUUCUGCUACCUGUACGGCUCUCUCUUCCAGCAAGGCCCUCGCACGCAUAAUCUUCACAUCUUGUUUGUGGACUACGAUGGCGGCAUCGUUGGAGAUGCUGUGCGAAAUGCGUACAGUUCGCUGCAGGGGCACACGUUUCCGGGGUUGAUUGAGCGUCCGGUGUCUCAGUUUCCAACGCAGGCGGACCUCAGAGAAACUGUCUGCCAUUCUCACUACUGGGCGGCCUUGUUUACGUCUCCGGGAGCCUCUGCCAGGUUGGGCCUCGCCGUCGCCGGACUCAAUACAACGCAGUACAAUGGAUCGGAUGUUCUCUCCUUCAUCUGGAACGAAGCCAAAUACUCCGCCAUCAUGGACAGUCUCGUCUCCAACAACCUCCACACACUAUCCGACACAGCUCAGGCGUCUUACAUCGCCCUCAACGGCACUUCUGCCUUCUCCACGAUUCCGCCCACCAACAAUGCCGCGGCCAUCUCUGCCUUCACUCAUCCCUGGACGCUGACGUCCAUCAACAUCAAGCCUACAACGCAGGGCACGCGGACAGUCUACAACACGAUUACCAUUGUGUUGGCCCUGAUUGAAGACUUCUUCUACCUCGCAGUCAUCAACGGACUCUACGCCUCGUUCAAGGUCUACACGCGGAUAUCACCCACGCGCAUCAUCCUUGUGCGCGACGCCAUCUCCAUCAGCUUCACCAUGCUGGGCUCGCUGCUGAACUCGGCUGCCAUCUGGGCGUUCAAAGCAAACUGGCACGUUUCUGCCGGCCAAUAUGCCAUCACCUGGCUCAUCCUAUGGCUGUUUGCCCAUACCAACUUUCUCGCCUUUGAUCUCUUCACCAUCUGGUUGCCACCGCAGUAUGUCUCAAUGGCUCUUGUCACUUGGGUCGUGAUCAACGUCAGUUCCAUCAUACUCCCGUUCAGCGUGGUAUCUCCCUUCUAUCGCUGGGGAUACGCCUUGCCGGCGCAUGCAGCGUAUGAGCUGCUUACGGACAACUGGUCAAACGGCUGUAACCCACACUUGUCCUAUGCGCUGCCAGUAUUGUUCGCCUACGAGGUGCUUGGGCUCAUCUUGACGGGCAUAGGCGUGUACAAACGGUGUCAUUACGCGGUCGUAUUGGAAGAGACGACGAAGGAGGCAAUGCGGAUGCGCGUGGAGGCGGUGCGCAAGCUUGAGCGAGAGCAGCAGAUACUUGCGCAGCGAGAAAAGAGCGAAACCAGCUCGCAGAUGAGCAGUGCUGGGGAACCUUCACAAACGGGUACUGCAGAUGCGUUCAAUCAGCUUGAUCUGGCAACGAGAGAGCAGCAGAGGCACGUGGAGACUAAUCUUGAACACCUUGAUGCGGAGAUUGAGAGAAUGGGGACGCGGGCAUCUCGGGCGUCUAACAUCGGUCCGUCCUUUUGCCUUAUCGGAUCGAGGGAUGAGUAG